AUGCCGCGUAUUGUUAAACAGUCCACAUUGGAGGAACGCAAAAUAGCAAUUCAACUGCACUUAGACGGAAAAUCUGAGCGAGAAAUAUUUAAAUUGAUACAAAAAAGUAAGUCAACAGUGCACGAUAUUAUUGCUAGAUACAAUGAAAAUGGUUUCAUUGCAAAUAAGCAUCGUGGAACCCGUCCAAAGAAGCUUUCCUCCAAAGAUGAGAGCAUGGUGCUAAGGGAAGUGAAGAAAAAUCCCUUCAUUUCUGCCCCAAAAUUAACUGCGAUGGUUAAAAACGCUUCUGGGGUAGAGGAAGAAUGGAAUAAAAUAAGCCCUGAUGUUUGCAAAAAGUUAGUGGAAUCGAUGCCAAGCCAGCUACAAGCUGUUGAAAAGCAAAAAGGUGGAGCAACGAAGUAUUAA